UGGCCUCAGCCGCUGCUCUGUGAGUCCGCCGAGGUAGCAGGAACUCAGCUGCCACGGAGCCUGAAAAGACCCUCAGAAGACAGAAGGGCUACUUUCCCUUGCUGCGGAGCUUCUGGGGAGAGACUGUCUUCGCCUUGGUUCACAGGUUUAAAAUGGAACUCAGAAACUGUGCCCCUCACAUGCUGGUCAGGAAGAUUUGACUCACCCAAGAAGCAUCAAGAACCUUGGAGCUGCCGCUCCAGUACAGCGCCCCCUGGUGUUCAUGGCAGCACCUGCCUGGAUGGAGACCACCGUGGGGGCUGUGGGUGAGAAUACCACGGACACUUCCACCAGCUUCCUUUCUGCACUUGAUGCCCAUGGAGCCCAAACUGCUUUCUCUCCGUUCACUUUCAGCUAUGGUGACUAUGACACACCCUUGGAUGAUGAGGAGGAUGUGACCAAUUCUCAGACUUUCUUUGCUGCCAAGAUUGUCAUUGGCAUGGCUUUGGUGGGUAUCAUGCUGGUGUGUGGCAUCGGCAACUUCAUCUUCAUCAUUACCCUGGCCCGCUACAAAAAGCUUCGCAAUCUCACCAACCUGCUUAUUGCCAACCUGGCCAUCUCAGACUUCCUGGUGGCCAUUGUGUGCUGCCCCUUUGAGAUGGACUACUAUGUGGUACGCCAGCUCUCCUGGGAGCAUGGCCAUGUCCUGUGUGCCUCUGUCAACUACCUGCGUACUGUCUCCCUCUACGUCUCCACUAAUGCCCUCCUGGCCAUUGCCGUUGACAGGUACCUGGCCAUAGUGCACCCACUGAGACCGCGAAUGAAGUGUCAAACAGCCGCCGGCCUCAUCUUCCUGGUGUGGUCCGUGUCCAUCCUCAUCGCCAUUCCUGCCGCCUACUUCACCACGGAGACCGUGCUGGUCAUCGUGGAGAGCCAGGAGAAGAUCUUCUGCGGCCAGAUCUGGCCAGUGGACCAGCAGCUCUACUACAAGUCCUACUUCCUCUUCAUCUUCGGCCUCGAGUUUGUGGGCCCUGUGGUCGCCAUGACCCUGUGCUAUGCCAGGGUGUCCCGGGAGCUCUGGUUCAAGGCGGUGCCGGGCUUCCAGACAGAGCAGAUCCGCCGGAGGCUGCGCUGCCGCCGCAGGACCGUUCUGGGGCUUGUGUGCGUCCUCUCGGCCUAUGUCCUAUGCUGGGCGCCCUUCUACGGCUUCACUAUCGUGCGCGACUUCUUCCCCUCUGUGUUCGUGAAGGAGAAGCACUACCUCACCGCCUUCUAUGUAGUGGAGUGCAUCGCCAUGAGCAACAGCAUGAUCAACACGCUGUGCUUUGUGACGGUCAGGAACAACACCUGCAAGUACCUCAAGAGGAUCCUGUGGCUCCAGUGGAGGGCCUCUCCCAGCGGGAGCAAAGCCAGCGCUGACCUGGACCUCAGGACCACAGGGAUGCCUGCCACUGAGGAAGUGGACUGCAUCAGACUGAAAUAAGCAAUAUGGUACCACAGCGCCUCGAUGCUCACAGCACCGAAGAGCUUGAUUUUCUGCGAUGGCAGAGGAAAGAGACAACCACUUAGGCAUGCUAUUCAAGGAACACCAAAGUGUAGAAUUUCUGAAAUGGAUAGCUGAGACAUUGUCACCAGUGGUCAGCAUUCACUGAAUACCUAAGUUUCGCGAAGAGUAGACACCAGUGAAAAUCAUUUAUUUGACAGAUGAAGUGGGGAUUAUAGCAAGGAAAUGUGGUACCGAGUGUCUGGAAGAGAGAGUUUCCGAACAGAAGGCAGAGCAAGGUAUGCAGGACUCACCGGAGCCACACGUGGUCCCAGCUCACCUCUAGCAGUACUCUUGGGCUUUCCUUCAGUCCCAGCAUUAGCAAACCUGGAGCAAGAGUACAGAAGAGGUUCCCACUGGGAGGGACUCAAAUGCAUGUGUGGAUACGCCAGGACUCAUGGGCAAGUUCUGACCACCACCCCCGCCAACCUACGGCCACCUCUUAGGCCUAGAGCUCUGCAUUAGACAGUGGGGGGCUUCUCUGGAGAAUGGACGUGGGGAGAAACUGCAUGGACUCUGUGUGCCAUUUGGACAGGGAAUUUGGAGUUCUGAGUCAUAUGGAGAGGGGAAAUCUGGGCUCAUGAGAACAUGGUUCCCUUACUUCAUGGUCUACUCACCACAGGGGGAAAGAUGGUAAAGAGGAAGAGUCAGCUGGGACCUCCGAAAGCAUGUGUGCAGGUUAAAAGAUGCUGUGGUUCCAUCCCUCAGGCACUGUGGCCUGGACCACUUACACUUCCCCUAGCGUUCUCAUGCCUCUGUGCUUACGGAGCGUAGAAACCCUUGAAGGUAAACCUAGCACCUCACUUUCCCAUUCCUGCUUGCUCUCCAAUACGAGGUUUCAGCCCAAGCAGCCUAUUUGGUGAGGUUCCUUCACUGGUAUGAUUGGGAGAAAGAUUUCUUAGCCACUGGUGCCUGAACCUUGGUUUGGUCAUGAGUCUGCAGAUUCAGACUUGCUGCUCCUUUAAAAUGAAGGUGACCUGGGAAAAAGUCACCACACCUCUGCUCUUCACUGGGAAUGAAGACUUGCCUGUCAGUGGCAUGUCUGGACACUCAGGAAAGGGGUUGGCCCCACAGGGAGCUCUAGUGACCCCACAGACUUAUGAAAGUUUCACCCAUUUGGUAACUUGCCUCCUUAUUUUGGCAUUUACACUUCUGGCCUGAGAAGAUCUGAGGUCCAGCUUUGACUUUGUUGUCUACACAGAGACCUGAGAUGAGCCUUCUGAAGACAAAGGUAAUACUUAAGAAACUUUUUAGAAUUGUUGUGAGAUCAAUCAAAUAAUAUGUGGAAGACACGCCUUUAACAAUUUGAAUAGAAAAUAACAGCUGCCACCGCUGCCACACCACCACGACCACCGCCACCACAACAGUGAACUCAGCAACUGUGGGUGCCUGGACAAAGGAAAACUUGUAUAUAUGUAUCUUAUGUAUAGAUCCAUCAGCCUCAUCAACAUCUCCCCUCAAUGUUCUUCAUGUGAAUUAUUUUCUUAUGCUUCUCAUAGCACAUUGAUACAAACAAGACCACGCUCUUUCAAGGCGGAUUCAUAAAGGGAGUGGCACAUGGUCUCCAGACAGGAGUGGUAGAUUCCAGAUUAGAGCAUCCUUGUUGCCAAGUAGACUACCUUUGCACAUGUGCUCCCAGAAUCAGAUCAUCCUCACACACCAUCAUCGCACACGUGCUCCCCUCAGCAUGAACGAUGCCUCUCAGCCUGUCGUUGUUCUCAUGAGUAUGCAGAGCUGUAGAGUGGCCACGCCCUUUCCUCGGAUUUCAUUAAAGGGCAAGGCGUUAAGACUGGGUGACACCCGUGUGUGUUUUCUCUCCAAAUACAGGAAACUUUGUUUUUGACCAUAAAGUUCUUUUUAAUUGUCUAUUUUCCCAGAAAACACAUUUCAAAGACCCAUUUAUUUAUUCUCAUUCAGUACCCGACAGAUUUACCUUACUUUAAAUCAGAAUUCUUUCAGAGGAUAAAAAUUCAUUAAACUACAAAUCUAAAUUAAACACAGAGGGACAAAAACCCUAUUUUUAAUUUUAAACUUUAUUACAAAAAUAUUGCAAAGACUGAAAGAAAAGAAAACUAUAUACUAAGAUUAACCAGACCCAAAGACUCUUAUUUUUUUAAGAAUAAAACCACAUAUUACAUCAUAAAACGGCUAAGUUAAUUUGGGGAUUUAGAAAUGCUUAGAUGGUAUAAUUGACUGGGAUUGUGUUCACUGUUCCUACUACUAGGGCUAAACAAGAGUUGACUCUGUUAAAUUGUUUUAAUCCAUAACAUGUGAACUCUUCUGCCUUUCAGCCUAAAAUGUAUCAAAAUUUCACUUAUCUGACUGUCUGUAAUACUUCCGGAUCUUAGUGUUUGCUUGCGAUUUUUAUGGUGAACGGUUGUUAUCAAAUGGGAAAACAGAGCCGGGCGGUGGUGGCGCACGCCUUUAAUCCCAGCACUCGGGAGGCAGAGCCAGGCGGAUCUCUGUGAG